AUGCUGGCCGGAGCCGAGCGGCCCCACCCGGGCCCCCGGCCGCCUCCGAUCUCGCCGCCGCCGUCGCUACUGCUGCUGCUGCUGGCGAUGCUGAGCGCCCCGGUGUGGGGCCGCGUCCCCCGGUCGGUACCCAGAACCUCGCUGCCCAUCUCUGAGGCUGACUCCUAUCUCACGCGGUUUGCCGCCCCUCGCACAUACAAUUACUCUGCUCUCCUCGUGGACCCUGCAUCUCACACACUUUACGUCGGAGCUCGGGACAGCGUCUUCGCUUUAACCCUGCCCUUCUCGGGGGAACGACCCCGCAGGAUUGACUGGAUGGUGCCUGAGGCGCACAGACAGAACUGUAGGAAGAAAGGCAAGAAAGAGGACGAAUGUCACAAUUUUAUCCAGAUUCUCGCCAUUGCCAAUGCCUCUCACCUCCUCACUUGUGGCACCUUCGCCUUUGAUCCGAAGUGCGGGGUUAUUGUGAUUUUCCAGCAGGUUGAAGACUUUGAGAGUGGCCGGGGGAAAUGUCCUUUUGAGCCAGCUCAACGGUCAUCAGCUGUAAUGGCUGGGGGCGUCCUCUACACUGCCACUGUGAAAAACUUCCUGGGCACAGAGCCAAUAAUCUCCCGAGCCGUGGGUCGUGCUGAGGAUUGGAUUCGAACAGAGACCUUAUCAUCCUGGCUUAAUGCCCCAGCCUUUGUCGCUGCUAUGGUCCUGAGCCCGGCUGAGUGGGGGGAUGAAGAUGGAGAUGAUGAAAUUUUCUUCUUCACGGAGACCUCCCGAGUGCUGAACUCAUAUGAGCGCAUCAAGGUCCCGCGGGUGGCCCGAGUGUGUGCGGGGGACCUAGGGGGCCGGAAGACCCUUCAACAGAGAUGGACAACAUUUCUAAAGGCCGACCUGCUGUGUCCAGGGCCUGAGCAUGGCCAGGCCUCCGGGGUCCUGCAGGAUAUGACAGAGCUCCGACCUCAGCCUGGAGCGGGGACUCCCGUCUUCUAUGGCAUCUUUUCCUCUCAGUGGGAAGGAGCUGCCAUCUCUGCUGUGUGUGCCUUCCGACCCCAGGAUAUUCGGGCAGUGUUGAACGGUCCCUUUAGAGAGCUAAAACAUGACUGCAACAGGGGACUGCCUGUCAUGGACAACGAGGUGCCCCAGCCCAGACCUGGAGAGUGUAUCACCAACAACAUGAAACUCCAGCAGUUUGGGUCCUCACUCUCCCUGCCUGACCGAGUGCUCACCUUCAUCAGAGACCACCCGCUCAUGGACAGGCCUGUGUUCCCAGCUGAUGGCCGCCCCCUGCUGGUCACUACAGAUACAGCCUAUCUCAGAGUUGUGGCCCACAGGGUGACCAGCCUCUCAGGGAAAGAAUAUGAUGUGCUCUACCUGGGGACAGAGGACGGACACAUCCACCGGGCUGUGCGCAUCGGAGCUCAGCUCAGUGUCCUGGAAGAUCUGGCCUUGUUCCCGGAGCCACAGCCGGUUGAGAGCAUGAAACUGUACCAUGGUUGGCUCCUGGUGGGCUCCCCUACCGAGGUAACACAAGUGAACACCAGCAACUGCGGCCGUCUCCAGAGCUGCUCCGAGUGUAUCCUGGCCCAGGACCCUGUGUGUGCCUGGAGCUUCCGGCUUGAUGCUUGUGUGGCCCAUGCAGGGGAGCACCGUGGGAUGGUCCAAGACAUAGAGUCAGCGGAUGUCUCGUCUUUGUGUCCAAAAGAGCCUGGAGAACACCCGGUAGUGUUUGAAGUUCCAGUGGCUACCAAGGGACAUGUGGUCCUGCCAUGUUCCCCCAGCUCUGCCUGGGCAUCAUGUGUCUGGCACCAGCCCAGUGGAGUAACUGCACUCACCCCGCGAAGGGAUGGGCUAGAGGUGGUGGUGACCCCAGGGGCCAUGGUGGGUGCUUAUGCCUGUGAGUGUCAGGAGGGUGGAGCGGCCCGUGUGGUGGCUGCUUACAGCUUGGUGUGGGGCAGCCAGCAGGGGCCCUCAAACCGGGCCCACACUGUGGUAGGGGCUGGACUGGUUGGCUUUCUCCUGGGGGUUCUUGUGGCGUCCCUCACUCUCCUUCUGAUUGGUCGCCGUCAACAGCGUCGGCGUCAGAGGGAACUUCUGGCUAGAGACAAAGUGGGCUUAGACCUGGGGGCCCCAGCUUCCGGAACCACAAGCUACAGCCAAGACCCUCCCUCCCCUUCUCCUGAAGAUGAGCGGCUGCCCCUGGCCCUGGCCAAGAGGGGCAGUGGUUUUGGUGGCUUCCCUCCACCCUUCCUGCUUGAUUCUUGCUCGAGCCCUGCCCACAUCCGGCUCACCGGGGCUCCUCUAGCCACGUGUGAUGAGACAUCCAUCUAG